CCAGUGCUGAGAACAGGAGCAUUUGCGCAGAUAGUCUGCGCUGCCUUCACCAGACACACAGCUUUUCAGCCGGGGAACUUUGUUGUUGUUGUUGUUGUGUUUUUUUUGUCCAGCUGCCGAGCAAUCCGCCUGCAAAGUGUCUGCAAGGAGCAGGGCGACCAACCGCUGAUACCGGACUCGUGUCAGCACCAGGGAUUUACCAUGGUGAUCAAAGUGUACAUAGCAUCGUCCUCCGGAUCCACUUCGAUUAAAAAGCAGCAGCAGGAUGUGAUGGGCUUCCUAGCGGCCAAUAAGAUCGAAUUCGAGGAGUGCGACAUCGCGGCCAACGAGGACAACAGGAAGUGGAUGAGGGAGAAUGUUCCGGAGGGGUCCAGGCCGGCCACGGGGAACCCUCUCCCCCCUCAGAUAUUUAACGAAAGCAAAUAUUGCGGGAACUACGAGGCCUUCUUCGAUGCCAGAGAGGACAACGCCGUGUAUGCGUUCCUGGGUCUGACGGCUCCCCCGGGCUCAAAGGAGGCCGAGGCUCUAGCAAAGCAAGCGCAGCAGUAGCAGCUUUACACCGUUUCUACCUGAUCUGGACCCAGACGGACCUGGAGCUGAUCCAGGAAAAAAAUCAGAAGCAACAUUUCACUCUGCUUAUAAAAUAUGUUUUGAUUUACUUUUUUCAGUAUGUUUUUUUAUUAAUCUGUGUUCAGCUGUGCCUUGUCAGCUGUAGUGAAAGGAGGUGCUAAAGCAGAGCAUUAUGGGUAUCUACAAACAGCUCGGCUUCCUCCCGUUAACCUCAGCCUGCUAAGCCUAUUGGCCCUAAUGCCAUGUCAAUCAACCGUUAGCACGAAUGUGUAGCUUUAACAUCAUCACACACACACACAUGACAACAUGUACGCACUUUGAGAACUGUAACACAGAUUCGUCAUUCGGCCAACAGAACAUCAUCCAUGAAACAAUCGCCUCGUUCAUUUUUCUCGGCGGGUUUAAUUAGUCUCAUCUGUUGAAUCCUGGAAACUCUGAGUCAAAUGUUGAGCUCCUGCCAAUUACAUCAUCACCAAACCUGCUGCACCUUCUGUAAACGUUGACCUAUUACAAUCCCACUCUCUGUGUUUUUAUUUACUUUAUAUUGUCUUAAUGCUGUUUUAAUAGCAAACUGUUUUCUACGAGAUGAUAUAUGUUUAAAAAAUGAUAACACAUGCCAAAAUUACAAGUACACAGACGGAUGUGAAAUUUUUUUUUUAUUUGCUGUUUUUUUUGUUUUUAGGGGAGUUGGAUGGCUGUUUCGUUUAGCUAUAAGCAUCCUGUUUCACUUUGUGUUUGUAAUUCCUGUUUUACAUAAUCUUCCCUAAAAUAAAAAUAAAAAUAAGACUGCAAAUAAAACUGCAA